AUGCCGCUGCAGCUGCUGCGGGGCUGUGCCUAUCGUAGGCACAAUGGCCUUGGGAAGAUUCCAGAGUGGACAUGCAUGGCCCUGACCCAGUUAGGAGCAGCUGAGUCCUGCUGCAGCAGCAAUAGCAGUAUUGAAGUGCAAGGUGGGGGGGUGGGAGGUGAUCCAGAUCUCAGCAUCACCCCUUCUUUCCAGCAACACCUGGGCCGUCCUUUCCCUGAGCUUAAAGAAAAUAAGCAUGAAGAGAAGGUCCAGAUUCCUGACAGAGGGGAGAACGAGAGCACAGCAAACAUGGGGAGCAAAACCUGGGCAGACCUGGCUGGGGAGAUGAAGAUGUUCUUUUGGAACCCAGAGGAGAGAACAUGCCUGGGGAGAACGGCCAAGAGCUGGGGCCUCAUCUUUCUGUUUUACUUCAUUUUCUACACGUGCCUGGCGGGAAUGUUUGCUUUCUGCCUCUACGUGAUGCUGCUCACGCUGAGCCCCUACACACCCAGGUACCGGGACCGUGUAUCCCCACCAGGGGUAAUGAUCAGGCCACACUUGAAUGGGUUCACCAUUGCCUUCAAUGUCUCUCAGCCUAGCACAUGGCAACCCUAUGUGGACAGCAUGCACCGCUUCCUAGAAGCUUAUGAUGACAAAGUUCAAGAGGAGAAGAAUAUCGAGUGCACCUCGGGACAGUACUUCAUCCAAGAGGGCAGUGAAAGUGAGGAGAAGAAGGCCUGCCAGUUCAAGCGCUCGCUGCUGCAGAACUGCUCUGGCAUUGAGGAUUCCACUUUCGGCUACUCUAAAGGCCAGCCCUGUAUCCUGCUGAAGAUGAACCGGAUCAUAGGCUACCGUCCUGGUGCUGGGGUCCCCGUGAGCGUGGACUGCAAAGUGCUGAAAGGCAAUGAGAGUGAUCUCAGAUCAGUGGACUUCUACCCUGGAAACGGGACGUUCGAUCUCAUGUAUUAUCCCUACUAUGGCAAGUUCACUCAUGUGAACUACACAUCCCCGCUGGUGGCUAUGCACUUCACAGAGGUGAGAAGGAAUCAUUUGGUCCCCAUUCAGUGCAGACUGAACGGGAAAGGUAUCGUCAACGACCUUAACAGCGACCGCUUCCUGGGCCGGAUCAUCUUCACACUCAGCAUUGGGAAGUAGGCACCACAAACACCACUUAGGAUAAGUCAAUCAGAGGCUUUUUCUUCCCUUUUUAAAGCAUAAAGCCAGCAUUUGUUUUUCUGCUAGGAAUAAUGGGCACAUGGAGACUUCUGCUAAUUUAUUUUUGUUCAUAGUUAGGAAACAAAUGAGAUGCAAUGGAGUGUGGAACCACAGUUUUCAUCACCUGCUGCCAAUCAUUAUUAGUAGAAAUUAUUUCCUGGGCAGAGAACUUGCAAAAGCAUUUCAGUUUUGAUUAAAAAGAACUCUGGCAUCUGACCACUAUUUUCCUAAGGUCUUUUAUGAGCGACUCUGGUAGAAUGUGUUUUUCCUGACUUCUAUUUUCAAUCUUAACUCCAGUUUUAUGUGCAUUUCUCAGGCAAAAGCUAACAAGAAAACAACAACAUUUUGGUUAUGUUUGCAAUGUCACAGCUAAAAAGUGAAAAUGUCAGCUCUAAAAACAUCUAGAAUUUCUGCAUUGGGGCAUCUUGAGUGCAGCAUUGUUCAGCAUACCCAAGGUAUUGAAGCAAAGGUCAGGCAAAAAAAUCAUUUAUCCUUGAACCUUUCCAACUGUUCCUUUCUGAAGGGGGAAGAUAAAUGCAUUUCUCCCUCCUCACCCCAGUACUUCUCCCUGCCUCGGGAAGCUCCAAGUCUAUUUAGACAGGGAUGAGUGAAAGCUGCUUUUCUCUCAUCAUAGUUUGCAGGUUGAGAGCUCCUCCUUCCCCUCUUCAGGCACAGAAGUGCCAGAGAAACAUGUUGGACCUUCCUAAAUAUUUCUGUCUUGUCCUUCUCUGAUCCUGAGAGGUCACAGCUGUAACACUGCAGAAAUGCUAAGUCACUUCAUUGUUAAGGUGUCAGUGAAGUCAAAGGCCUCUGAAGCACACUUGCCACUGUCAGCAGGGUGCUGCCAAGCUGAGCAACCUCUGCUGUGUGGCAGCCAGAUCCUCCCCAGCUUGCCAGCAUACAGGCUUUGUACCCGACAGAGCCAAACUGUGCUCUGCCUCUUACAAGUGAUAAGAACACAGCAGGACAGGACACCUUAGGAUAAUGCACUAGUUGGAAAGCACACUUACUAAAAUUACUGACUGAACAAGAGCAUUAUGGUAUGUUUGACCUACAUUCUAGUCCAGGUACUUAGUCUGACAUCAUUUCCUGAUCUAUAUAAAAGUCUCUAAGAAGUAAUUUUUUGUAUUAAAAAUAAAGUGAUUACAGCAAAAUUA